CAACAACAGCCGCAAUCUGUUACCCAGGAACCUGUUUCUGCAUCCGUUCCAGUUCGUAUCGUUUCUCAUAAUGCCAUGGAAACUGAGCCGUCUGAAGAACCAGCCCAAGUCGCUCUUGAGGCAGAUAGCACUACCGAGCAGGAGACCCAGCAGACUGGUCCGGCUCAACAUGCUCAAUCUGCUCAGCAGACCCAGCCCGGACAGCAGACCCAGGCCGGACAGCAGACCCAGUCCGGACAGCAGACCCAGGCGGGACAGCAGAACCAGUCCGGACAGCAGACCCAGGCCGGACAGCAGACCCAGUCCGGACAGCAGAACCAGUCCGGACAGCAGAACCAGUCCGGACAGCAGACCCAGGCCGGACAGCAGACCAAUCAACAACCUCAUGUUCUUCAAAACGAUGAAGCUGAAGCGCUGAGUCGCGCGAUUUCAAACGCGCUGGGGUCUGGAGUCAACACGUCAUAUGAUCGGUUUUUGCCCUGCGAGAGCAUCAGGCUUCGUCAGAGGGCUAACGCUAAUGAACAGCGAGAGCAGAUGGAACUGAUGGUGCGCAUGCGCAACGAACACUUGGCUUCUCAAAACAUACGUCAUCUUGAGCAGCGCGGAUGCCGUCUUAGUAACUCGCAGUUCACGAUAAUGGAGCAUCUGUUGCUCAGCCGGUCGUCGAGUUUGGCCUAUAUUAAUGCCUAUUUGGUGGCUGUUGCAAGACAGGCGUUUAUGCCAGGACUUAUGCACCCAAAUUCAACGGAGGCACCGAUAACACCGGAUGAGUACAAUCAUGUACAUCGUCAUAUUCUAACAUUUGUAAGACAGAUUCUACAAGAAUCCCGCGCCUCUGAAGCCCCAAACCCAUUCGUGGUUAUGACCGAAUAUAUCUUGAAUAGAAACAGGAACUUUAUUGAGGAUCUUAUGGACAUGAAUUCCGGCUACCGUGUCCGCUGUUAUAUGCGACCUGAUGUUGAUUUAUACCGCACUUUGACUAACUUCUUUAAUAGUCGGCUACCGCGUUUGGUUACGACCAUUAUGUCACCCAGACACACUUACAUGAUGCCUGCUGAAUUCUACGCGUACAUUGGAGAAUUGCAUCGCGAUCUUCUUGGUCUCAUUAUGUGCUGCACUAACAGUGAACGCGGCUUGCAAUCUGUCCAUCGACAUUUCCUCAACCAGUUAUUGGAUGGGGUCGAUGAGAACACUACGUUAUAUUUGACCACAUUGGCUCAUGAGAUAUUCAACCGGAUGAACGUAACACCAGUGUACGCCUCGUACCACAGCCUCCGCAUGCACCUGCAUAUGUUGUCUGAAUACAGCAUGGCGCAACGCCAAAACCUCGAAUCGCGAGAGUCAGGCGUUGAAGAGCCGAGGCGGUCGCAAGAGUUUGGGACACUAUCGGAUAUGCGCCAAAUGCAUACACCGCCGGAACGAGGAUCACCCCUCUCGCAGCCGAUAUCAUUUUCCUCCAUGCGACCUACAGUAGGCCCCCAGCCGACUAUGCCACCGACACAAACCGCACAAACCGCACAAACCACACAACCUACAGUAAACACGAGACCCACAAACAGGCCCGUACUGCCUUCUCUGGUGCCACUGUCUCAAAUCACACAACCCCCGACGGGCCCCAUGCCGCCGCCUUCGACGGCAUGGCCUUUUCUGCCUCCCGAUUUAGCCGAACAAAUCGGUUAUUCGAAUGCUAUAAAUUUGUCUGAUACCAGUAACCCUCUAACGGACUCCAUUAUACAAGCUCUCACCGAAUAUAUAACGAAUAGCACCGCGCCCACCUCGUCUUCGGUGGGUAUAAAUACCGAUAUGCCACAAGACGCAGAGACGCAGACGACUCCCACAGAAGAGGACUUCGCUUGUAGUCCCAUCGGAUUCUUGGAAAACGAGGAAGAUAAUGUGGAGGAGGAAGAAGACGAGGAACCUCAAUCGGUGCAAUCCGAUGAAGAAAACGUUGUCCCCAACAGCGUCGGAACCGGCACUGAUUUCCGUUUCAAUGGAAGACGUCAUUCCGGCCCAAGAGUUCGCAGGCUCCCGAUCAUUUCCGUGGCGCCAACGGUUCGAGCUGAUCCUGCCCCUAACCCCGAACCAGAAGAGAGACCGAGAACCGAGCCACAAGGCCGCCACCAGCGCCGCAACCGGGUUCGACCAAUGGAAACGACACAAACUACGUCACAACCUGAAAGGAAUCGACCGCAGAAGAUCCCAUCAGUACUGAUCGUCCAGAAUUGGGAGGAGGAGUGGGUGCCAGUUCUCACGAGCGACCAGACGAUCCAGCGCAGCGAUCAGCCGCCUUUUAGCGAUGCUUACCUUAGCGGAAUGCCCUCAAGAAAACGUCGUUGCAUUCGACGCUCGCGCCCACCGACAGAUCUCGAUGGCUUCAUUAACGCCACGCUCAGCGAGGUAUCCGGAAGCGUCAGCGAGGGAGACACCACAAGCGUACGCGCCGCAUUUCGAGACCACAUCCGAAGGCUCACCCGCGCUCACCUGGCCCUGGUGGAGGCGGCCAGCCCUGAGCGAUACUCAAACGCGGCAAGAUUUCUCCAAUCGAGCCCGGAGACAGCGGAGGCACAGCGAGCAAGAUGCUAACCGUCACCUCGACCGCAGCCCGUCGACCUCGGAUAAUUGAUCGCUCUUAAGAAUUUGGCACCCAAACGACACUAGGCGAUAAAUACGGACCCGAUCAAUGCAAUUGUAUUUCGGCAACCUUAUUACAUAGCCUGACCAGGAAUUUAUUAAACCUCACCAUGCU